AAAUCGUCGCCGUAUGCCAAAGCCCAUGCGGAGAUGGCCGGUCACUACAACCCACCACCACAUCAGCCAAUAGCAACGCAGCUUUUUAACACGAGCACGCUGCCACCAAUAGGAUCACAGCAUUCCAUGACUAGCACCUUACCACCAAUCGGAUCACAGCAUUCUAUGACUAGCACCUUACCACCAAUCGGAUCACAGCAUUCUAUGACUAGCACCUUACCACCAAUCGGAUCACAGAAUUCUUUCAACGGCACACUACACUUACACGACCCGCUAUCCAGCCACAGCCUGGCUGAACGGGAGGCAACUCACGCACACCUGGCAACCCUGUUCAUGCAACACCAAACCAAAGACAAGGCCAAUGGACAGCGCAUGAGCGGUAGUCCCCACACACACCCCACACACCACACCCCACACACCACACAACACACCAACGGCACCACAGCCCCACCAACCAGUGCACACGCGCACACGCACACCUCUCCGCAAGGCAGCGCAGGCACGCCGCAGGCACUGGCCAACACACACUCGCACGGGACAUUAGACAUGUCAGCCAAUGGGUCUGUGGGGCACACCGUCCGCACACCCGAAGACUCGGCGAUUGAGUGCAGCUCAGGCAAGACAAACAGCCGCAGCAACAGCCACAGCCACCGCAGCAGCAAUGCCACGGACUAUGGCCACUGCCCCCACACCCAGCAGGAGACGGGUGCUAGUACUACCUCGGUUAAUGCUACCGCUGCUAACGCUACCCCUGGAACACAGCCAACAAACGGUGCAGCCCCACAGUACACCAUCGCCGAAACACAGCCGAGCGCAGCUCAGGGCGAGCGGUCCUGCACCUUUGAGGAGUGCCAGGAACGGACAGUGGCCGAAAUUAUGGGACACGGGGCCGAUGUGCACCCAAACGACACAGACAGCACUCAACUGCACCUGGGGCGACUGAGUAUAGACGCCAGUGGGAGUGCAGCGAAUAACGCGAGUGAUGGGGCGAUGGGGUAUGACAGGGGGGCGGGCCAUGUGGACUCACUGACGGAGGGCAGUCUGUGCAUGCUCAAGGAGGCGUACAAGUACCCCACGAUAGUCGACUGGGUGGCAAGGCGAACGCUUGGCGGAAAGCCGCCCAAUGAUAGCACAGGCAUGGCAAUCGAUGACACCGCAACAAAUUUUCCAACCCUCACCUCAUUGGACGAUAUGAACGAUACGGAGAUGGAGGAAGCGUUCAACGGAUUGGUCAACAACAUCACACUACCCGCUAUCAACAUGACCAAAUACAGAGCCCACCCGCAGCCACAGUCCCACCCCACAGACAACAUGUACACCCACCACACACACGCGUCUCUGUCUCACUCCCACAGCGCCAACACAUUGCAGUCUCACACCACACAGUCGAGCGACGGCUCUGGCGCCACAAACACACACCCCAACACACACACCAACACAGAGCUCGUGAGUGGCCUAGACAGUCACGUGGGUGCGAGUGCGUACGAGCACACGCCCAGUGGCACGGUCAAUGGGGCGUACAACUGGGGCGCCUUCAACACGUACCAAGGGUUGGCCAAUGGGGAAUACGAGGACAUCCUCAAAGAGACCUUUGGGAUGACGGGGGAGGAUGCCAUCAAUGUACUGGCCGACAGCCUCAGCGAGCGGGUGGAGCUGGGUGACGAUGCGAAAGGGCCGGCCGGCCCUGACCUGGAAAACGGGGCGAGAGGACCGGAUCUGGCCCAGGACAGGCUGUUGCAUCAGGAUAGUGCGGCGUCUACGAACAACGCCGGCAGCGACACACACACACCACAGGACGAAGCGAAUAGAAUCACUACCACAACAACCACAGCAGCAACAACCACUACUAACACCAUCACCACUACCAACAUUACCACUACCACCACAACAGACAUAACCAAUGGCAAAUCCAAAGGCACAGCCACGGCUACAGAUGCAACGGCUGCAGAGGCGACUGCGAAGAAGGGCGGCAAACGGAAACCAACCGCCAAGGAGAUCAAAGGCGCGAGUGGUCGGGUGGACACAGGCGCCAUCACCAAAGCACCGCGGAAGAUGAGAGUGUCUGACAAGAACUGGCGAGACAAGGUGGCCAACCAAUUGGAGGAUCUGAAGAAUGCAGUUCCUGCCUUGGACGGCGAGAUCAAACGCACCAAAGCCGAGAUCUUCAAUGGGGCGACGGAGUUCAUUCGCACCACAGUCAAUGACAACGCAAAGCUCAAGUGGCAGAUACAGCAGCAGAAGCGCAUGAUGCAGGAGGCCGAGUGUGUGCACAAGCAGGCGCGCUUGCGAGCGGACAGCUACGCCGCGAAUAACGGCAUGCUGAUACUGGAACACGACGAACACACGCUCACGCUGGGGCCAAGACUAGUCUAUGCAGACCAUCACUGGAAGCUCAUGACUGGCCACAUGAGACCAGAGGGCAAACGUGUGCCUGAGCUGUGUGGCACGGACCACAACCCCUUCAUGUACUCAGCGUGUGAUGUGAUCAACAGAACUAUUUUCGAGGCAACCGAACAGUGGUUUGGUAUCAUGAUCUGCCGCAGACGCGAUGGCACCAUCAUGGGUUGUCAUUCCAGCAUAGAACCCCUUACUCUGGGGGAGGAAAUGUCGCAAUCAUAUGUAUCGAAUACAGAACAUGAUAGCCAGAAUCUGAACAACGCUCGCAUGGCAACAUAGCAAUAAGAAGCGAGGGUUACUUCACACAAGUCC